GAAUAUUGACAUAGCAACCAGGCGACAGAACCGCUAAGUUUUUCCUCCCCACUUCAGAGUACUUUUUCGUUUUGUGCUCCGCGCUUAAAGUGCUUCACUUUAUUUUCGACGGCUGCCAUGAAUGCCGCGGUGGUGAAAAAGACUCAGGACACCCUGGGCAAAGUGAUAAAGAAGCCACCUCUCACGGAGAAACUGCUCAGCAAGCCGCCGUUUCGAUACCUGCACGACAUCUUAAGCGAGGUCAUCAGAACCACUGGUUUUAUGAAAGGCCUAUAUGAGGAAAAUGAGAUGAAGUCAGAUAGUGUAAAGGAUAAAGACUCUAAGAUAGCUUUCCUUCAGAAAGCUAUAGAUGUUGUGAUGCUGGUGAGUGGCGAGCCUCUGGCGGCAAAGCCGGCACGCAUUGUGGCCGGCCAUGAGCCUGAGAAAACCAAUGAGCUGCUGCAGGCCAUCGCUAAGUGCUGCCUUAGUAAGAUGUCCAGUGAAGAUGCAGUGAAGCGAGUGCUAAAAGGAGAGAAGGCAGAUAUAAAGUCCAAGGCCAGCACUUCCAGGUCACAGGAUAAAGAGAACAGGGAGGGACGUGAACGUCAUCAGGAGAGAGAGGAGAAGAAAAAAAUUACAGAGCGCAGCAGCAGCCGGGACCAAAAGGAACCAGACCAGUCCAGAGAGCAUGAGAGCAGACGCCGGGAUGGAGAAAAAGAGCACCACCGGGAAAGGGAGCGCUCUGAUAAGCAGCAGCGCAGUGAACAAGACCACCAUGCCAAAGACCGUGACAAAGACAAGAGUCGAGAUCGGGAGCGAGACAAAGGACGCGUCAGGGAUAGGGACAAGGACAAGGACCGAGAGAGGGAGAAAGACAAGGAGAGGGACAAAGACCGGGAGAAGACAAGAGAAAGAGAUUCUCAAAGAGAAAGAGACAAGGAAAAACGAAGAGACAGAGAGAAAGAGCGAGAGCGACACAGAGAUGGGGAUGAGAGGAUCAAAAGUGGAGAAAAAGGCAACAGCAAGGCCACGGUAUCCGAGGAACCACAGCAAAAGCCUGAAGAGCCCAGCAAAACAGCCAAAACUGUGCCAGCAGAACCUAAUCCAGUUGAAGAGCCCACAGAAGCAGUUGAGAACCAGUCUGACAGUCCAGCCAGAAUACCUCGGCCUUCAUCUGCCAAAGGGCAGAGGCGGAGACCCAAAGUUGGAGGUCAAGAUGAAUCUGACAGUGAGGGAGAUGGAGAUGCUCAGUUAGCCCAGAGACAUGUCCCCCAGGAAAAUGGAGACACUGGAGGAUCCUCAGUGCCAUCCGACAUGACUUCCAGCAGACGAAUAGCACGGCCAAGCAGCGCUCGCCCAGCGCCGCCACGUCUCAAGAAACAAGAAAGCUACACCGAUGUGACCCCAGCUGAGAGGCUGUCUAGUGCCAAGCCCUCAGCCCCUGUCAUCAUGGACGGGAAAAGGUUAUCUGAGGAUGAGGAGGAUGAAGAUGAGCAGUUUCUUGUGGAGGAGGCAGUCCCUCCACCCUCAGAUGCUCCUGAAAUGGAGCUGGAACCUGCACAAGAACUAAACAGUGAAGAGAAGCAUGGUGGCCUUGUGAAAAAGAUCCUUGAGACUAAGAAAGACUAUGAAUUGUCACCAUCUUCUCCCAAAUCUAAAGAGCAGAAUUUGGUGUCUGAAGCGGCACGGAAAAAAGAGCGGGACAUGGUGACGAGGGAGAUCGAGCGGCUUCGCUCAUCCAUUCAGAUGGUGUGCCGCAGUUCUUUGCCUCUGGGUAAGAUCAUGGACUACAUCCAGGAGGACAUGGAUGCCAUGCAGGCUGAACUGCACACCUGGCGGCGGGAGAACAAGGAGCACGCACAGGCCUUGCUGCAGGAGCAGAGAGCGACAGACCGGGCAGUGGAGCCUCUGAAAGCAGAACUAACCGAGCUGGAGCAGCUGAUCAGGGACCAGCAGGACAAGAUCUGCGCUGUGAGGUCCAACAUACUGAAGAAUGAAGAGAAGAUCCAGAAGAUGGUGACUGGAAUCAACUUCUCUUCCAGAACCUGAGUGAGAAACAAGGUUUUAAAAUGCACUGAAUAUUUAGGCUUUUGCAGUUCUUGUUCAGGACAAUGGAGAUGAUGUGGGACGGGACCAAACACAGCACUUUUAGAUUUUCCUGUCUGAACAGGGGAUCGAUCCAAAUAUGUUCCCACACAUAAAGAGCGGAAAACAUCUCUAAGAUCUGGACAAAUAACAGAGCUGCUCAGAGGAUUAGUGGUUUGACAAUAUUCACAAAUAGUUACACGAUGGAAUGGAGAGAGUGGGUUUUCAUUGGUUUGGAGAUGAGCCACUUGAUGAUAAUAAAAGUUGUCUUCUUGCUCUGUGCACUAGCCUAACCACAUCUUUGGCCCCUGUUCUGUAACGGUGCCUUUUUGGAGAGAGCCAGUGUCCAGCUCAUGACUUGGGCGUUAGAGUAGAUAGUUAUAUUUAAUGCUUAGUUAAUGCUGCACAUUCAGCAUUAGCUCAAACUCAAAGUGUAUUUCCAUAUUCUCUUAAUCAGAAACUCAAACUGCAUUUUUAGAAUCCAGCAUUGUGUUCUUGUUGUCAGGAAGCAGAACUUCGGCCUAGAGUUUGGAGUAGUAAGAGAUCUUGUUUUCUGGUUCUUUUGCUGUUUUCCAUGAUGAUAAUGGUAUCUGCUGCAAUGCUAUUAGACUACCUAUAGGAACAUAAUUAGACUUAUUUGUGGCACAUUAAGCUGGCUGGCACAAGAAAGGUGAAAGACAUUUUCUAACACUUGCUUGGAGAAAUCAAGGAUCACUAGGGGGCUCCUGGUGACCAAGUUGAUGGAAAUAUUACAUGUUACAUGAUUUUCUUGGUGUAUAUUUUUCCAUGACUAUUUUUUGUGAUCGUUCCUUCUUCUUCCAAACCCCAUCAUUCCCUCAGGCUACCUUCCCUAAAAAGAGGGGUUACACCAAUCUUUUUUUAUUAUUAUUGUGUGUACAACUUUAUCCAAAUUAGUAUCUCUGUUGCUUCAUCCACUCUUCCACUUUUGAAGCACUGCUGCACUUUGAUAAGUAUGAUUAGGGGAGGUACCUUUUAUGUUUGGAGGAAAUGCUUUUAGCAACUACGCAGUGUUAGAAUUUUCUCUCUUUCAAGCAUCUUUAAAAUAAUAUCAUACACACUAAUCUUAUGUACCUUCAGGGAAACUUCUCCUGGCAGUGAGCAUGCAGGAUAGCCACCAUUAUGGAGGUACUGUAAAAUAUGCCAAAUAGUUCCUGUUUUUGACACACUGUUUGGUCAGGUGGAGCAUUUUUGUGAACUUGCUUUAUAAAUCAGAAGAUCAUAUUAAAUCCUAUUUUACUAGCUCCUUUUGAAACUCUAAGACAUAUGCUUCACACAAGUAGCUAAUAUGGAAAUAUUAAGCAAUACCAGACUGAUAAUUGUAGUAGGAGAUGAGGUAGUAGACGUGUGAGACUGAAAGAAGCCAUUGUUUUCCUUAACAUUUCACUAACUGAAUUGUCUCGUUGCUGUCGAUGCGUGAAUGAAAUACAAAGAAGAUGUUUCCUUGUGUGGUGGCCUAAUCUCAGCCCAAAUAAAAAUGCAGUUACCACAUUUAAGUACCAGUAACCAAUGUAAUUUUACACUGUUAAUACUUGCACACAUGCAGUUGCUACCUCUGUUAGUUAUACUGCACAUCUGUGUUUACAAGAAAUGAUACAAAAAGAAAAAUCCUGGUUGGAUUGAUGAAUGUAAUCCAUCAUUGAACUUUAUUUUUCCACAAUGACCAAUGAUUGCAGAUGUAACAAAACAGGUUUAAGUCAAUGUGAUGACCAUACACACACUCUCACUGCCUGGUCAGACCAAUGGAUUACCAAAAUAAAGGUGACACGACACAUGCUAACAAUGUGCAUUGAUUCUGUGACAAUUUGUAAAUAACUAAUACAGACCUUGUUUAUUUUUGAAAAAACAAAAACAAAUUACAGCUUGAAACUGUACCAGAAUGUUUCUAAUGUUUCAUUUUAGACUGAAUGUUAAUGGUUAGAAGAGAAAACUACAUUUUACACUAAUGUCUUAAUGGACACUCUGCAGUACAGUACGGUGUGAGCUUCAGCAGUUGAAAUAUGAUAUCAUUCCAUCUAAUGUUACUAUUGUUAUUACAGUAUUAUAUUCACUCCAUCAAGUGUAAAUGGCUAAGGAAGUGGUAACCUAUGGAAAAAAAAACUAUAAACUAAAAUUCUUGGAAAGCAGGAAGCCUGCAUGCUCAUUUGUUGUAUAAAAGGACUAUUUACACUGUACACUAUUUGUAUCAUAUCCUCAGUUUUCUUUAAACUGUACAUUAUGUAUAUGUGGAGACUGUAUCAUAGAUGAAAUAAUUAUAUAAUUUUGUAGUGGAGUGAAAUAAAUGGUUACAUUGUAUUAAA